AUGCCGUUUCUGAGUUAUGAGAUCGCACAGAUGACGAAUCUAAUUGCCACACUAUUGCUUCUUUUUGGGACGGUAGAAAUAGAGAGCAGAGUUUGCAGCGGGAUUGAUGAACCCGAGUUUCUACAUGUUUACAACGUUUGGCAGUUCCGUGGAUGUACGAAGAUUGACGGAAGCAUACGAAUUGUUCAGACUACCUUUGAUGGAGAUGUUUAUUACAACCGACCUGGUCUUCAUCCCGACGCCCUGUGGGCAUUCUCUGAAGUAAGAGAAAUCACUGGCUUUCUACUGGUGCAGGGAAAACAUCCUCAUUUUCGGAAUCUGGAUUAUUUCAGAAAUCUGGAGGUUAUUCUGGGGAACGAACUGUCUCCAACGUAUUCUUCUACUCUCAACAUUAUGGUUACCUCCAUUGAGUCGCUUGCACUUACCAGCCUUCGAAACAUAUCCAACGGAAAUGUGGUGAUUUAUGCCAAUCCCAACCUUUGUUACGUAAGAGCAGCUAACUUUGAUCAAAUUGUCCAAAGUGUUGACCAGAAAGUUAUCGUGAAAUCAAACGCUCCUCGAGGCCAAUGUGCAUUGGGCCACAAGACGUGCAGUUCAAGGUGCGACCGGAGACUGUGCUGGGGAAAAGGAAUCCGAAACUGUGUCGGCAACUUCGAGGAUUCCAACAAUAUUAUUGACUUUCUGGAUAAUAACUUUCUUUCAGGAUAAGACAUGAAAGCUACUUCCGGUUUCCAUUUAAUCGAAGCUUAUGGCAGGAAGUUUAUUGCUACUUAGCUCUACUUCUAUACAGUUUUGAUUUCAGUCACACCAGAUUUUGGUUUCACCAAACUGUCUGGAGUUCGGAAUGCAAAUGAAUAUUGUCAGUUGAGGUUUUGAAAAUCUUCUGCCCACUUUUGUCGAGCAAAGCAACAAUUCAAGUUUACUGUAUGGCAAGCCAAUAUCUCGCGUCACAUUUCAAUCAGAAUGGAUAAAACGACGUUGAUCGAUACAAACUGUGAUGCUGUUUACAUUCCAUUAUAUAGCAACACGACUAACACUUACUUAUAUAUUUUCUGUAUAUAUAAACUACUGGUUUUCAUCGAUUUAACUUAUCCAAAGAGCAGGGCACUUGGCAAUUCAUUUUAUAUGGCAAUUAACGAACUUUCGUCAUGAUACAGUUAAAGUGAAGAUUGCUUAAUAAGAUGAACGUAUCUGUUUUCGCAUCAU